ACCAACUAUAUGAUUUUCUGGAAGGAAAGAUAAUAUUUACUUGUUGGGAUUUGAGAGAGAGGUCUUUGAUUCUUUCCUGUGGGACUGUCUUCGGCUUCAGUACUUUGUAUCGGAACCUCAUGAAUCUUCUCUCUGCAACUCAAGUGUUUGGCCACAAGCUUACUUAGGCCUCUCGGGUUAUCGCUCUUUCAUGUUCUAAAGAAUUGUUGGUUAUUGAUGCAAACGGAAAAAAUGUCGCGUUACUUGACUGAGCUAUAUCAAAAUAACAUGAAGUCUAGUGGUGAAGAUUUGCUAACUGCAAUAAUCCCUUUGAUGAAGCUCCUUUCCCUCACGGCUAUCGGUCUGGUUCUUGCCCACCCAAAAACCCAUAUAAUCCCGAGAGCGACAUUUAAGCUCCUCAGCAAGCUUGUUUUUGCUCUGUUCUUGCCGUGCCUAAUCUUUACCGAACUUGGUGAAAGGACUACACUUGAGAACUUUGCUCAGUGGUGGUUUAUACCCAUUAAUGUGUUGAUCAGUACGGCUAUUGGUUGCUUCCUUGGGUACUUAGUCGUGAUUAUUUGCCGCCCACCUCCACAGUUUAAAAGAUUCACCAUUAUCAUGACUGCAUUUGGUAAUACCGGAAAUCUCCCUCUUGCUAUUGUCGGAUCUGUUUGUCACACUGCAGAUAACCCAUUUGGACCCCAUUGUCAUUCUAGAGGGGUGGCUUAUGUCUCUUUUUCUUCCUGGGUUUCUGUGAUUCUUGCUUAUACACUUGUGUAUCACAUGAUGGAGCCUCCGUUGGAGUAUUAUGAGAUUAUUGAAGAAGGGGUUGAGCUUGAGGAAGAGCAAGCAGUUAAUGAUGCCAGUAGGCCUCUCCUUGUAGAGGCUGAAUGGCCGGGUAUUGAGGAUAAAGAAACUGAGCAUUCCAAGACACCCUUUAUUGCUAGAAUUUUCCAAAGCAUAUCAAAUGUUUCAGAGUCUUCUUUUCCUGAUAUCGAGGUUUCGGGAGAAGGUGGUGCAAACAUCCCCAGGUCCAUUAGAUGUUUGGCUGAGCCUAAAGUCUUCAGGAGGAUCAGAAUUGUUGCCGAGCAAAUGCCAAUACAGCACAUACUUCAACCCCCAAUGAUUGCUUCUUUGUUAGCUAUCAUCAUUGGCACAGUGCCUCAGCUAAAGGCUUUUUUCUUUGGAUAUGAUGCUCCACUAUCUUUUGUCACAGACAGUUUAGAGAUUUUAGGUGGUGCAAUGGUGCCUUCUGUGAUGCUUAUGCUUGGAGGUAUGCUUGCAGAGGGACCAAUAGAUUCUACACUUGGGCUUCGAACGACAAUUGGUAUAAGCAUUGCAAGGCUCUUAGUGCUUCCCGUGCUUGGAAUCGGUAUAGUAGCGUUAUCUGACAAGAUGAAUCUUCUGGUCCAGGGUGAUGCAAUGUACAGAUUUGUUCUUUUGUUGCAGUACACAAUGCCAAGUGCCAUUUUGUUGGGAGCAAUUGCCAACUUGAGGGGAUAUGCGGUUGGUGAGGCUUCAGCACUUCUCUUCUGGCAGCAUGUGUUUGCCCUCCUCUCUCUUUCAUUGUAUAUUGUGAUUUAUUUCAAAAUAAUCUCAUAUGUUUGAGGUUUGUAUGAUAUUCUAUUGCCUUGAAGCCCUUGAAUUAUUGAUUAGUGUAAAUGUCAUUAUCGUUACCUCUCUCCAUUGCAGUAUAUUAAGAUUUACUUGUCUAUUUGCUCUAUGGUGCUCUACUGGUGGUGGAGGUGAUUGAUGGUUAUAUUAUGACGGUUGAUUUUGCUGAA